AUGGAUUUUAUUCACGUGCUCCAUAAACAGAUUUCAGAUGUACUUAGUGAGGCUGGUGCACCAUGUGGGAUAAAAUCAGUCUGUCUUUAUGGUGGAACUAAAAAGGAACCCCAAAUAUCUGCCCUUAAAUCUGGAGUGGAUAUAGUCAUAGGAACUCCUGGUCGUAUGAAAGACCUUAUUGAAAUGGGUGUUUGCUGUCUUAAUGAGGUUUCGUUUGUGGUUCUAGAUGAAGCAGAUAAGAUGCUGGAUUUGGGUUUCGAACCUGAAGUCAGGGCAAUUUUGAGCCAAACAUCAUCUGGAUGGGAUAACGUUUGGCAGCUCCACCUAUCGAUGCUACCAAAGAAAAGGGGACUCUUUGCCAGGUCGUCUUCGUUCCAAGGACACCAGCAGAGACGCGCUCCAGAUCUCGCCCGUACGUCCAUGAACCUGGCGGGCGAGUGA